AAAUUUAUAUUUUAAAAAAAAAAGAAAGAAAGAAAAAACCAGAAGAAAAUAAAUUUGAGCUCAAUUCGAGGAAGAAAGUGAGCGAGAAAAGAAAGAAAGAAAAGGAUUUGAUUGUUUGUUUUGUUUUCUUCGAUUUACCCGUUUUAAUCUUACUCUCCUUUGCUUUUUCCUCUCACAAUCCUCUUUCUUUCAGGCUUUCCUUCUCUGAUCCCUAAAAAGAUUGUAUUUUUAUUUUGUUAAUGGUUCUUCGGAUCAGAGGCUACAAUGUGGAUGUUUGAAGCGCGAGAUUGGAUUUGGUAACUGCGAUUUUCGAUGAAGCCGCGAUGAAUUGUGCGGGAGAGAAAUGGAAAUUAGAUCUGAGAGUAUAAAGGUAAGGUUCGACAAGCUUGCGGGGGCUCCAAGGACACGCUUGCAGGUAUGGUUUAUACGAGUCUGCGCCAGCAUUCUGCUUUGGACCUGUCUGGUACAGCUUGUCGCGGUUGGGGAGCUUUGGCAACCGCGUUUGAUAUAUGGUUUUCUGCGGACUGGGCAGCCUCAUCUUCAGGCGGUUGCUCGAUCGCCACCGCCUCUGCUUCCCGCGAGAAACUAUACAAGUAAUGGUUUUCUAAUUGUGUCAUGCAAUGGUGGCUUGAAUCAGAUGCGAGCUGCGAUUUGUGACAUGGUGACCAUUGCUCGUCAUCUAAAUUUAACUCUGGUUGUUCCAGAGCUUGACAAGACAUCCUUCUGGGCUGACCCUAGGUAUAUUCUUAACUCUUGGAAAGCUGACUUGAGUUUUUUUUUUGGUGAUUGCUCGAAGGCCUUUACUGUUCAUAUUCCAUUCUUCAGUAAUUUUGAGGACAUCUUUCAUUUGAGGCAUUUCAUUGAUUCACUAAGAGACGAAGUUCGAAUCAUCAAAAGGCUGCCGAAGAAAUUUCAUCGGAAAUAUGGGUUCCAGCCCUUUGAAAUGCCUCCGGUUAGCUGGUCAAAUGAAAAAUACUACCAGGAGCAGAUUCUGCCUCUUUUUGACAAGUAUAAGGUUUUGCAUUUCAACAGAACAGAUGCACGCUUGGCAAACAAUGGGAUUCCCCUAUAUCUUCAGAAACUGAGGUGCCGUGUUAAUUUCCAGGCGCUGAAAUUCACUCCUGAGAUUGAAACUCUGGGGUAUAAAUUGGUUCACAUUCUUCAAGAAAAGGGCCCUUUUGUCGCUUUGCAUCUGAGAUACGAGAUGGACAUGUUGGCUUUCUCAGGUUGUACCCAUGGUUGCACGAAUGAAGAAGCUGAGGAGCUUAAGAACCUGAGGUAUGCAUAUCCAUGGUGGAGGGAGAAAGAGAUAGUGUCUGAAGAAAGGAGAUCACAAGGUUUGUGUCCUUUGACGCCUGAAGAGACGGCACUAGUCUUGCAAGCAUUGGGUUUUGACAAGGAAACACAGAUUUAUAUUGCAGCGGGUGAGAUAUAUGGUAACGACGUGAGGCUUGCGGCUCUAAGAGCUGCAUUCCCAAAUAUUGUGAAAAAGGAAAUGCUGUUAGAACCAGAUGAACUGAAGCAAUUUCAGAAUCAUUCAUCUCAAAUGGCUGCUUUGGAUUUUAUGGUUUCAAUAGCAAGCAACACUUUCAUUCCUACAUACGAUGGAAACAUGGCAAAACUUGUGGAAGGUCACCGUAGGUAUUCGGGUUUCAAAAAAACUGUCCUACUGGACCGAAAGCGACUUGUAGAGUUGUUGGAUUUGUAUCAGAAUGGGACCUAUUCGUUGAAUGAGUUCUCUGUUGCUGUUCGACUGGCACACGAGAAAAGGAUGGGACAGCCAACUCGUCGAAAGAUCAUUGCAGAGAAGCCAAAGGAAGAAGAUUACUUUUAUGCCAAUCCUGAGGAGUGCCUUUGUGAGGGAAUGAACUGUGAUGACUUAUUGGGCCCUGGUAACUUAAGUUCUGUUGUAGCGAGCAAUCAUAGCUAAUCAUGGCUUGAAGCGGUGUUCAACAUGCAAGUUUAGAGUGCCUGCGGCUUCCCUCAAAAGUGGGUGUUACAAGUCCACACACAUCCUUAAGUCUUUGGUCCUCAUUUGGGCAUAUAAAAAUUAUAUCUAUAGAGAUGCAGCACCAUGUAGUUCCACAAAAGGUUGAUCCCCAUUCAUUUAUUAGUUCACCAAUUUUAAGUAGUUUCUUCAAUUCCUUCAUGUAAUUUUCAACUCAUGAUACCAAUGAAUUACCUGUGAAUUUGAGCCAUUUGGGUUUGAAAAGCUUAUUUGAAUGGAAGGCACUACGCUGGUUACAUUUCAUGCAA